GAAAAAACAAGAAAAGUAGAAUCCUACCAAAAUCAAGAAACUAGAAAACCCGUCCAGGGUAGGCGUUUAGCCAACGAGAUAACCGAAUCCGAAAUUCUAGGCGUCUGAAUCUCUCCCAAAAUUCCCAAAUGGCAGAGACUAAUCCUGAGCCCUCGAAUCAUUCUUCAGAGAAAGAUGUAAAGGCACCAAAUUUACUUGAAGGAGCAAAGGAAGAGAUUGAAGCAGUGACACAUUCUGAGAAAUCACCUCCGCAUCACAAGGAGACUCAUGGGAGGAGUGAUGACAUUGAUGAGGACACUCCGGUAGAAAAAGUGAAAGGUCCAAAUGUGUUUGAACGAGUGAAGGAAGAGGUUGAGGCUGUGUUUCAGGCAAUCCUCCCGAAGAAAUAAUUCAAUUGUAAGCUGCAUCGUGUCAUUGAAAUGUGGUUGUUGUUAAGGGUGUGCUAAUGACGUAGUCUUGAAAUGGGUAGUUGUUUGAAACGAGGUUGUUGUAUCUUGACAUGGGAUUGUUUGAAAUGAGCUUGUGCGUUGUUGUGUACCUAUUUCCCGUCUCUUUUUUCAGCAAUACGAUGAUAA